UUCUCUUCAUUCUUCAUACCGUCGUUGACUCAAGAGGCUCAUCACGCUUUAGAAGAAAGCAUGGCACUCACGGCGGCGGCUCCGGUGAAGGUGGUGGCUAUCUGUGGUUCGCUGCGUAAAGACUCGUACAACAGAGGCCUCAUUCGAGCUGCGAUCGAGUUAAGCAAAGGAGACAUUGAAGGUCUCCAGAUUGAGGACGUUGACAUCGCUGCUCUGCCGAUGCUGAAUACAGAUCUUGAAGAAGAUGGGAGGUUUCCGGUGGAAGUGGAAGCGUUUCGCCGGAAGAUUCUGGAAGCCGAUUGUUUUCUCUUCGCUUCUCCGGAGUAUAAUUAUUCCGUCACUGCACCAAUGAAGAAUGCACUAGACUGGGCAUCUAGGCCUCCCAACAUGUGGGGGGGCAAAGCUGCGGCCAUUGUAAGUGCAGCAGGGCUGUUUGGUGGUGCAAAAGGCCAAUCCCAUCUUCGAGACAUUGGAGUCUUUCUUGAUCUUCAUUUCGUCAACAAACCUGAGUUCGUCCUCGACAUCAUCCACCCUCCUCCAAAGCUCGAUGCUCAUGGCCACUUUCCUGAUGAACAUACUUUGCUUAGGUUGAAGAAAAUCCUUCUCUCUUUGAAAGCUUUCUCCCUCCAGCUCCGAUCUAACAAUAACAACUGAUUAUUAUUGAUGCUUAA